UAGUUGUAGAUUAUAGAUUCAUCCUGGAGUUCCCAAAACAUAAGCAAUUAGAAGAUAGGGAGAGGAACAAUGGAUGAGAAUGGUACAAAGGGACUUAUGGUGAUGAUAAUGUUGUUAGUGACACUUCUUCUAGUUUGGAAGUAUGGAGAGGAUUCUCAACUUCCCCUUUCUGCUCCCCAUAUGCCCCCUUCUCUCCAUCCCUUGGCAGUACUUCCCUCUCGACUUCUUUCUUUCUCUACAGAUUAUGCUGCAAUUCUUGUCCCUUCAAUUUUGGCCACAGAGUUUGUGGUUGGUGAUGACAAGGGUUGGACCAUUAACUUUGAUUACCAAGCUUGGGCUCAGGGAAAGGAGUUUCACGUCGGUGACACACUUGUUUUUAAGUAUAAAGAGGGAGCCCAUAAUGUUCUUAAAGUCAAUGGCACCGGCUUCCAACAAUGUGCGGCACCGGCGGGAACUGAGGCCCUGAUUAGUGGAAGUGAUGUGAUUCCCUUAGCACUCCUAGGAAGAAAAUGGUACAUUUGUGGUGUUGCUAAGCAUUGUGAGGUUGAAAACCAGAAACUUUUCAUAACAGUGUUGCCACAAACAGUAUCUCCAGCACCUUCUCCCAUUUCAGCAGCUAAUUAAGGGAAGCGUUACACCUAUAUAUUAUGGGUGGAUGAUGGCUAUUUUUGGCAUCCUUAUGAUGCUCAUGGUUGAAAGUUAGAUCAAUAUAUACUAUAGUUAAAUUAUCGUUUAAUGGUUUUGGAGGGUAUUGAAAUCAUAAUUUGCAUUGUAUUGGAUUUGAAAUUAUUGAUUUAUAUAUA